AUUUUGAUACGAAACAUCCAACAACCCUCUACAUACACUACUCAACCAUGCCAGUCGAGCCUCUCUCCGAAACCGUCACCUCCACUGACGCCAUGCUCCACGACCGCUUCAACGCCGCCAAGGCCAGCCUCGAGUCUGCCCAGGCUGUCGACCGUGCCAAGGACUCCAACCUGCCCGCAAAGGAGCGCAUUUCCUCCGUCGGCCAUGCCAUUGGCAGCAAGGUCGAGGAGUUGGGCAGCAAGGUCGGUGCCAAGCUCCACGAAAAGGCUGCCGUCGCGGACGUUGCCGCCGACAAGGUCCGUGACAAGAACUCUAUCGAGGCCCAGGAAGCCAAGCGCGACACACAGCGCCGCAUGGACGAGCUGGUCGACCGCACGUUCGAGUUGAAGCGCGGUGUUCCUGCCGGCCAGCCCAUCCAGACCAACCAGACCCUUGCCGAUCAGGUCACCCAGCCCUACACCGUCCCGCCCGUGACCCAGACCUUCUCAACAACCCAGCCGACCACCCAGUCGACCCAGACCUACCUGAACCAGCCCUACACAGCCCCGCCCGUGACUCAGACCAUCUCAGCAACCCAGCCGACCGUCCAGCCGACCGUUCAGCCGACCGUUCAGCCGACAGCGCAGCCCUACUUGAACCAGACCUACCCCAAUCAGACUUACCCGAGCAACCCUACCCUCUGAAAGGGGGUUUGAGGUCGAGCGACAGUACUUGUACAAAAUGUAAAACGUGAAUGAGUUUGCGUCGUUGAUGGACGCUUGUGUGCUUCAUUGUACAAAAUACGCAUUCAAUACUGUAGCUCGCUGCAGAACGUACUCUAUUUGC